GUACUGUAACAGACCGGAAGUCCGCGUCAUUCCUCCCAGCUGAGCAGAACCGGCUAGAACACACUGAACUUAUUUUAUCUGUAAAAAGACGAAAGAAUCAUAAACUUUUAUUUCCUUCCGGACACAACAUGUCGGACGAAGCCACGCGCAGGGCCGUGUCUCAGAUCCCGCUGCUGAAGACCCCGGCGGGGCCGCGGGACCGGGCUCUAUGGCCGCAGCGGCUGAAGGAGGAGUACCAGGCUCUGAUCCGGUUCGUGGAGCAGAACAAGGCCGCGGACAACGACUGGUUCCGCCUCGAGUCCAACGCGGACGGGACGCGCUGGACCGGCACGUGCUGGUUCAUCCACGAGCUGAUGCGCUACGAGUUCCGGUUGGAGUUCGACAUCCCGGUGACGUAUCCCGACACCGCGCCCGAGGUGGCGAUACCGGAGCUGGACGGGAAGACGGCGAAGAUGUACCGGGGCGGGAAGAUCUGCCUCACCGACCACUUCGCACCGCUGUGGGCCCGCAACGCGCCGCGCUUCGGGCUCGCGCACCUCAUGGCGCUGGGACUCGGACCGUGGCUCGCGGUGGAAGUACCGGAUCUGAUCGGUAAAGGGCUCGUGCUGCACAAGGAGCGGCAGCGCGACGAGGCGGCUGAGUGACGUCACCGGACAACACGUUAAAGACUUUUGAAUGGAAACGGAACCGAAACACGGAGUGACGUCAUGCUAAUGUGAUGGAAGCUGCAUUGGUCGUCACCGUGAGGAGCUGAGCAGUGUUGUUUAUAAAGUUUAUUUAAAUUGGACUGACACUCUGACACUGUGCAAAGCAUGUCCACAGAAGUUAUUUUUUGAUUAAAGUGACUUGGGUUCAUAUCACAUUAAAAUCAUGUGAUAACAUG